AUGAAGAUCCACAACUCCCGAACCCAGAGAGGGGGAAUCAAACUGCACAAGAACCUGCUGGUGUCUUAUGUUCUAAGGAACGCCAGACAGGUCUACAUUAAGGAAAAGUACGCCGAGAUCUACAGAAUGCAACAGUACGAGGAGGUGAUGACAGUUUGCAACGAGAUACAAGAGCUCAACCCGCUGGAUCUGGACGCGGAGGACGCGGAGGAGGAGAGAGCUGCGUGCUGUGGAGAGGACUUCCAGAGAGGCAAGGAGCAGGAGCCCGCGUACUACCGGAGCUGCUGCAUGGAGGCUCCUUCCCCCUGCGACCAGCUCUCCGUCAACAUCAACACACACUGUAACACAACUACGGUCCUAGAUCUGGACACGCACGUUGUGACCACGGUGGACAACGGGUACAUCCACCAAGACUGUUGCUGCGACACGUUCCAGUGUGCGCCGAGCGCACAGUCCUCCGCGAAGAAGAGGAAGAUGGACUUCUCCUACUGUACGUCUGAUUUUGAUGAACUGCAAGACUUUACUACAACCAGAAAGAGACUGAGGCGAGAAGACUGUCUAUACUCGUGUCAGGAAUUUACAGAAACUUCCAACAUCUCCACUUUAAUAUCCAUCUUCGGGUCGGGGUUCUCUGGACUGCUGAGCAGACAGGCGGACUUGGAGCAGAUCUGUAGCAAGCAGGCACUGGCGGGUCUCGGCGCAUGGACGCGGGCGAUAGUGGCAUUUUGA